AUGAUAGGUUCACGGUCAAUAUAUGUCCGACCCGCCAGCCCGGUGUAUGUACCCCCUCCAAGGGUGCAACCGCGGUGCGACCUUCCUCCUCUUCGCGCAGAGACAGCUUCGGGGAGCUAUAUCACCUUCAACCGGAGGUUCAAGCCUAGUCCACCAUCACUCACCGUGAGUAGAGGUACUGCACCGUCCUUGCUCGGUCAGCCGCUUCAUCGACUCAUGAAGGACGUGGAAGAUCUGAAGAAUGAGCAAAAAGCAAUCCAGUUGCAGCGGAAGUACGACGAAGAGACUCGCCGUGCAGCGCUCGAAGCUCGGACGGCAGCAGGUGUUGGGCCGGGUCGGACGAUGUGGGUGGACAAGUAUCGACCGAAGAAGUUCUCGGAUCUACUAGGGGAGGAUCGUACACACCGAGACGUCAUGUCCUGGUUGAAAGAAUGGGACAAGUGCGUCUUCAAGCGCGCUGCGCCUAGUAAGAAGCGGAAAGCUGGCGCGGAGGAGGAAGAGAAUCCAUAUACAGACGCCUUGGGUCGACCUCGCGAACGUAUCCUCCUCCUCUCCGGCCCGCCCGGAUUUGGGAAGACCACCCUCGCCCAUGUUCUCACCAAACAAGCGGGGUAUCGUACCCUCGAGAUCAACGCGUCGGACGAUCGGAAUGCGGCGACUGUAUCGACACGGAUCAAGAAUGCGAUUGAGGCCGGAGGGGGGAUCAUGGAUAAGGGCCGGCCGGUGUGUGUGGUGGUUGAUGAGAUUGAUGGGGCGACGGGUGGAGACCAAAGCUUCGUCAAGAGUCUCAUCAAGUUGAUUCAGGACGUACCUGCAAAUCGCAAGAAGAACACACCAGCAAGACCGCUGCGAAGACCCAUCAUCUGUAUCUGCAAUGAUCUCUACGCCAACGCUCUCCGUCCACUACGUCCUUAUGCCCGUAUCGUCCGAUUCCGGAAACCUGCGCCUCAGAUCCUCGUCAAGCGCCUUCAGGAAGUAUGCGAGCGGGAGUCCCUCCAGGCGGAUCUGAGGGUCUUGACGAGUCUUGUAGAUCUUACAGGUGGGGAUGUCCGAAGCUGCCUCAAUACACUCCAAUUCAUCAAAUCCAAAUCUAGGACUGUUACCGAAGAUCAAAUCCGGACCGCCUCUAUCGGAUCCAAAGACUCACUCACCACCCUCCAGAACGUCUGGAACGCCCUCUUUAUCCCCCUCGCUUCGAAAGAACGGCGGAAGCGACAAGCCUCUUCCGGGUCGGACGGCCGAUACAUCCACCGCCUCGUCCCCCUUAUCGCCUCCAGCGGGGACAUGGACCGUCUCGUCCAAGGCUGCUUUGAGCAUUAUCCAAACCUCAAGCCACUGGACGGGAGCCUCGCCAAUGUCAGCAAGCUCCUCGAUGGUCCGCUGGGCUUCUAUGAUACGCUCUCCAAACGGGUCGGAGAGGGGGAGUAUGAGAUCAUGGGGUAUAUGGCCUACGCGAUUACUGGGUUUCAUGCGCACUUGGCGGCGCCGGCGAAUAGUACGAGGUUGACCGAGUGGCCAAAAGCGGAUUAUGAGUCGUAUCAGGCCCGAACGGUCAAUGCGGAAGUAGCCACCACGCUCAAGACUGGAUUCCCACCCAUCCUCCGUAGUCUCUUUUCGACAACGACGACACUGACGGAGCUCAUCCCGCUCUUGAUACGGAUCAUUACCCCGCCUCUCCGACCUGUGAAUGCGAAUAUCGUCAAGCCUGCCGAGAGGGCGGUGCUGGACCGGCUGGUGGAGUUGAUGAUACCCCACGGGCUGAGCUUUUGGGCUGAGAAGGCCGAGAAUGGACAGCCGAUGAUGCGGUUGGAACCCCCGAUUGAUUGUUUCAUCCAUUAUGAUGGCAAGAGAGCGGACGAUGUGGCUGCUGGGAGGUUUGCGGUGCGGCAGGUUGUUGCUCAGGCUAUGGAUGCGGAGAUUGCUAGGCGUAAGAGUGGAGCUUCGGGGGAUACGAGGACCGUAAAGGAUAAGCUGGUGGGAAUGUAUGGGGCAGCCAAACCGAGGGUCAGUUGGGGCACCUGCAGACUGCGGCCUAGGACAAAGCUGACAAGACCAGCGCUGGAUCCCGAAGCCGAACUCAGUGCCACACCGCCUCCACCGGCCAAACGAUUCCGCGCCGUCUAUAAAUUCCACGAAGGCUCCAGUAGCGCCGUCCGGAAGUGCAUCAAGAUGGCGACAUUGAUGUGA